AUGCUGAGACAUAACUGCCUACGCAAGAAGAGGUAUCUAAUCGGGGGUAGACUCUUCAAGGUGAUCAGCGCGCAGCUGCGCACUGCAAGUGAUGCGUGUGGUGGCAGUUUGGGCAGCUUUCGCCGAAUAAAGAAGAAUGACGCAAAAUGGUAUGGAUUCUUUGAGGACCAUGUUAUAGGGGGAGCAACCUUCAGACCUCUCAGAAGCGAAUGCAUGAGGAGGUACAAGCUCAUGGCACAGGUUAGAAGCUUCAGUGGGGAGUCCAAUUACAAGAAAGUGGGGAGACCCCCAGGUGAAGGAAACCAAAGAGGAGGUCACCAAAGAGAAGAUGACUCAGACAUAAGCCGAACCAACAAGAGUGAAAAAAAAAAACAACUGGAAGAAGAAAUAAAAAAACUGAAUGAACAAAUAGCAAGAGAAAAAAGGAACCAUAAGAAAGUCUUACUUUUCAUCUCUAUGUGUGUAGUAGCUCUAUACCUCUAUUUCGAGUCAUACGAUCCUGAAUUUUUUCUCUAUGAUGUGUUUUUAAAAAUACUUCUAAACUAUGUCGAUGAGGAGACGUGUCACGACCUUUUUCUCCUCAUGGGGAAGUACAAGUUGCUACCCUAUGACACAGGGAAGGAUAGCAUAUAUUCCUGCUCACAAAUAAAAGGGCUCCAUUUUGUGAAUCCAUUUGGAGUUGCUGCAGGGUUUGAUAAGAAUGGGGUAUGCAUUGAUGCCAUUCUGAAGUUGGGUUUCUCUUUUAUAGAAAUUGGGACGAUGACUCCUAAACCACAGAAGGGAAAUGAUAAGCCAAGGAUCUUCAGAGAUAUCGCAACAAGGAGCAUUAGAAAUUCAUGUGGCUUUAAUAACCUCGGUUGUGAUGAGGUGACAAAAAAUUUGAGACGCUUUCGGGAGAAACAGAACACAGACAAACUGCUUCAAAGACAUCUGGUUGGUGUCAGUUUGGGUAAGAAUAAGGACUCUCCCGACAUUUUGGAGGAUCUCAGCUAUUGCAUCGCCCGGAUUGGAAGAUACGCCGAUUAUAUAGCCAUCAAUGUGAGUUCCCCGAACACUCCCGGGCUGCGCGACAAUCAGCAGUCGGAGCGUCUGCAGGGAAUUAUUCUGCGCGUGAAGGAGGAAGUGGGGAAGCUCGACGGGGGAGAAACGGUCCUGGAGAAAGAGGCCGUUGGGAAGGCGAUCGGGAAAGAGGCCCUGGAUGGCGAACCCUGGGUCAACACGACGAAGAGCAGGCCCCUCAUCUUCGUGAAGCUCGCCCCAGACUUGGAAGAGGGCGAAAAGAAAAAAAUUGCAAACGUGCUGCUCAAGACAGAAAUCGACGGGAUGAUCAUUUGUAACACCACCACGCAGAAGUUUAACAUAAAAAGUUUCCAAAACAAAAACGGAGGAGUCAGUGGAGAAAAACUGAAAGACAUAUCAACAAAUCUCAUUUCGCAAAUGUAUAAUUAUACCAAUGGGAAGAUCCCCAUAAUUGCAUCUGGGGGGAUAUUUACUGGGAAAGAUGCGUUGGAGAAAAUCGAGGCGGGGGCUUCCGUCUGUCAGCUGUACUCUUGUCUGGUGUUCAAUGGGAUGAAGGCGGCCGUUCGGAUUAAGCGUGAGUUGGACUACUUGCUUUAUCAGCGGGGGUACUACAAGUUGGAGGACGCCAUUGGGAAGGCCCACCGACGGGACUGUUAG